ACUUUUUCCAUAUUAUAUAGAAGUUGUAGAAAACGUUGACAACAGAGCAGGUGAACUCACCUCUUAAAAACUGGUGUUAAAUUUCAAAAAGCUCACAGAUUUCUUGUAACAACCAUGGCAGCAGCAACAAGGUACGCAGUUGUCACAGGAGCAAACAAAGGGAUAGGAUUUGGGAUUUGCAAGCAAUUGGUUUCUAAUGGUGUCACUGUGGUGCUAACAGCUAGGGAUGAAAAAAGGGGUACUGAAGCUGUUGAAAAACUGAAGGAGUUUGGUGUAUCUGACCAAGUGGUGUUUCAUCAGCUUGAUGUGACUGACCCUAAAAGCAUUGAAUCCCUUGCAAAUUUCAUCAAAACACAUUUUGGGAAACUUGAUAUCCUGGUGAAUAAUGCAGGAAUAAGUGGAACUAAUGUUGACCAUGAUGCUUUAGCUGCUACACGGGAAAAAGUUGACAGUGUUAAUUGGAGAAAAUUUGCAUAUGAAACUUAUGAAUCUACAGAAGCAAGCAUUAGAACAAAUUACUAUGGAGCCAAAUUAAUGUGUGAAGCAUUUAUUCCCCUCAUAGAAUUGUCAGACUCACCAAGGAUUGUUAAUGUCUCCUCCACCAUGGGGAAGUUGGAGAGAAUACGAAAUGAAUGGGCUAGAGGAAUCCUAAGUGAUGUUGAAAGCUUAACAGAAGAAAAAGUGGAUGAAGUUCUGAAAAGGUUUCUAAAUGAUUUUAAAGAGGGUUCAUUAGAAACCAAUGGGUGGCCACCUGAGCUUUCUGCAUAUAUAGUCUCAAAAGCUGCUUUGACUGCCUACACAAGGGUUCUUGCCAAGAAGUACCCAUCUUUCUGCAUCAAUGCUGUUUGCCCUGGCUUUGUGAAAACAGAUCUCAACUUCAAUAUUGGCUAUCUUGGAGUUGAUGAAGGUGCUGAAAGUGUAGUAAGCGACAAGAUAUGGCAGGUUUUGUUUUAGAGAGGAAGAAGAAAGAUUCCCAUGCGCGAGGGAGAAGAUGACGCUGGCAACACCAAUAACAUUAUCGGUCACAAUGAUAGUGGGUGGGUGAUGGUGGAACGUGCAAUGAAGAUACGUGGUUCGAGAUGAGAUGUGAAAAUGGAGAUGAUGAUGGUCAAGAAUGUAGUCAUUAUUAGGGAUGGACAAAAUUCAUCAUCAUCCCCAUACCUAAAUUCAAUCAGUACGAAACUUUUGUCUCGUUUAUAUCGUUACUCGACAAGGUGGUGCCCUAGUACCUGCGGCGUAGAGGGCUCUGUUUUAAACCGAUCACUUUCUCCAUUCUUCAUUCCAACAGGUAAGUAGUUUCCUUUCCUCCUCCUCCGCUGUUUUAGAACCUAGAACAUGCAGUUCUAUUGGUUGCAUGUAUCUUGUGUUCCCUUUUCCCACUCUCUGCUAAAUCUUGAGCUCUAUGAGCCGUUUUCGUCACCAAUAUGGUGGUUGUAGGGUGUUGUCUAGGUUCUUGCUGAGUUCGGCACUGUUGAGUCGUUUUUUGUGAGCUAGGUUGCUCAACUCUAAGAGGUAGAUGAGGUGCUUCUGGAGCAGGCCUUGGAGGGAGAUGACACCGCUGAUUAGCCUAGUUAGGAUCCAUAAGCGUUUUGUGUAUUUGGAAAUACUCUUAUGUGUUAAAAGUUUUAAAUUGUAGCCA